CAAUUUUAUUGUGCAAAAUCGACCGUCUCAGAAAUUAAUUAGCAAAAACAACCGAAAAGGGUCGAUUUUGCAAUUACGGAACUGCACGGGACUAGUAGUCCCGUGCAGUCCGCCUACCCCACUAACUCCGCUUUCUUUUCGUUCGUUUCGUUCCUUCUUUCCUUCUGCGAUCUCGUGACCACUCUCCCCCGAAGAAAAAAAAAACCUGCUGGCCUCGUCGACCCCCGCCGCCGAUCACCGCCAUUUUCCGUCGCCGCCGAUCACCGCCAUUUUCCGUCGCCGCCGACCCCGACGCUCUCGUGACUGAGCCUUCAACCCCCCCAAACCCUAGCCUUCAACUUCGACUUCGACCCCCUGCCAUUUGCAGUCGCCGCCUAACCCUAGCCCUCCGACCUCGUCGCGCAUCCGACACCAUCGACGCCCACCGAACCCCCAUUCUCAGGUUUGUACACCAUGGAUCCUGGGCCGGUUAGUGAUGAGGUCUUAUAUGACCAGGCUCAGCAUCGUUCACAUAUUAUAUCCUGUACAGAGGUGGUUACCACUCCUCGAGGACUUGGACGUAUGUGGUACAAAAUCGUGGGGUAGUGCUGUUUUGGCGUAUUUAUAUAGAGAGAUGUCAAAAGUGGCACUUAUGCAAAACAGUGAGCUUAAAGGGUGUCUAAGCUUAUUGCAAGUAUGGGCAUGGGAGAGACUUCAUUUGAAGCCAAGACUAUGCACGCAUUUACAAUUAGAUGGACAAAUUCCACUGGGAUGCAGAUGGAAUGUCGAAAAAUGCUAUGACGAGACCCCGGCUAGACAAUUAGAUUUCUACCGGAAUGAGCUUGACCGUAUGAAGAUUUUUCAGAUGGAAUGGGAGCCCUACACCCAAUUUCUACCUCAGCUACCCCCAAUAUGCACAGAAUACCAAGUUGUAUGGAGAGCUAGAGUUCCUCUUAUAUGUUUGGAGAUAGUAGAAAUGCAUGUACCGGACCGCGUGCUUCGACAAUAUGGUCUUGCACAACAUGUUCCGCAGUUUGUUGAAAAGAUAGAGAGGAAGGCAAAGAAAGGAGGCCAACAAAUAAACUGGAUGAUCGUGCAUCAAGCUUUUAUACACAAAUGGAAUGAUAGGCAUUUUUGUAUUGUCAACCAAAUUGAACCAACUCCUCGGGAAUCAGAUUACUACACUUGGUAUUGGGACAUAACCCGAAGAUGGAUACUUCAUUCGACCACAAUACCGGUUGAGUCGCAAAGAGGAUAUGUGCCCCGGGGUAUAGAUGAGAGAGAAUUAGUAUCAGCAAUAGAUGAAGUUCAAACUCUUGCAAAUCGUGGUUUGGAAUUGGCUCGAGCAGCAGAUAGAAAUCCCGAAGCACAUGAACAUGUAUCAAUAUAUCAGGCUAUAAUGCAGAGGCUUCAACAAGCCUUACACCGAACUCACGAAGAUCGUCAUGAUGGACGGGAGGUAAGGUCAUUCGUAUAUACACGACAACAGCGACAAAGUCGAGGACGACGCAGAAAUAACGAUGAAGCUGGACCUUCCCAACGUGUCGACGAUGGAGCUGGACCGUCACAACCACAAACGCAACCGGAUCACGAACUCGUCGAAGGGCGGUAUGGAGGACGACGAAGACAAAGGAGGAGGAGGAGAGUUCUUGGAUGUAUGUAAACUACAGGUUAUAUACAUUACAAAACUAUUUAGGGAUGUGAUUUUUGGAUUUGUAGUCGAUAAUAUCAUGUGAUAUGUUUGAUUUCUAAGUGGGUUUGUGGUGUUAUUAUGCUGGAUUUGUUAGUGGGAGUUUGUGGUGUGAUGUGAUUUGUUUGAUUUGAAAUGAGUAUGUGGUGAAAUCAGUAUGUAAUUUGUUAGUGGGAGUUUGUGUGGAUGUAUGCACAGGGACUACAUGAAAUGCAGUGGUGAAAUGAGUAUGUGACUUGUUAGAGGAAGUUUGUGUUGAUAUAUGCACAGGAACUACUUGAAA